AUGAGCAGGCCGCAACUCCUGUUCCUCUCUUGCAUUGGUUUCGCAGUCGCCCUUACUGCUAUGCUCUACAGCAACAUCAUCCAUUCAUCUACUCUAACUUCCGUUCUAUCAAAAUCCAUGUCUUCUUCUGUUCGUCCCAUCGUCGUCGUCGGCUCAGGCCUAGCUGGACUGUCAGCAUCGUACGAGGCUUUGCAGCGGGGCGCACCCUCAGUUCACCUUCUUGAUCGCGCUCCCAAGCCUGGCGGUAACAGCAUCAAGGCUUCGUCAGGUAUUAACGGUGCGGGUACAAAGUAUCAGCGCGCUGCUGGCGUGGAGAGUGAUACUACCUUUUACAGCGACUCUGUUCGAUCAGCUGGGUCGCGGUUUCAUCUCGCUCAACCGCCUGUAGAUCGAGAGGGCCUUGUCACAAAGCUCACAACUGAAUCAGCAGCCGCUGUCGAAUGGCUUGUUGAUGAGAUCGGUGUUGAUCUCAGUGUCGUUGCACCCCUCGGUGGACACAGCGUUGCUCGUACCCACCGAGGCGCUGGAAAGACACCUCCUGGAGCUGCCAUUAUUAUCGCUUUACUAAACAAGCUCAAAGAGAAUAAAAAGUUCUCCAUUACCAACCUCGCCGAAGUCAAGGCACUACUCAGAGAAAACGAUGAAGUGAAAGGCGUCGAGUACGAAUUCGAAGGCCAAAAACACAACCUCGAGGGUUCGGUUUUAUUUGCCAGUGGUGGUUUCGCCGGUGAUGCCACAGGCCUCUUGGCACGUUAUCGCCCUGAUCUUAAGGGAAUCCCUUCAACCAACGACGAGAGACCUGGAUCCCACGAUAUUCUUACUUCAGUUGGAGCCGAAUUAUUGGAUAUGGACAGCGUGCAAAUCCAUCCAACAGGCUUCGUCGACCCUGCGAGCCCCAAUACGAUGCUCAAGUUCCUCGCAGCCGAGAUGCUCCGUGGUGAGGGUGGUAUCCUUCUCUCACCCGACGGGUCCCGUUUCGUCAACGAGAUGGAUACGCGCGAGCAUGUCAGCAAUGCCAUCAUGAAGCUUCCAACCGCUACUGACGGCGACGGUGUGAUCAAGCAGUGGGAUAUAACCAUUCUUCUCGAUCCUGGUGCUUCUGCAGCGUCGGCCAACCACAUCAGCUUCUACGAAUGGAAAGGCCUCCUUAAAAAAGUCAAAGUGCGCGACCUGACAAGCGCCCAAAUAGCUGCUGUGGACAAGUAUGCGCAAUCUGUAGCUGACGGGUCAGCGGAUGAGUUUGGUCGUACGCAACGUGGAAGAUGGACACUUCCAGCCGGAGAGAAGAACCGAGACCAAGAUAUUUAUAUCGGGAGGGUGACGCCUAUUACACAUUUUACCAUGGGAGGAGUCGCUAUUGAUGAGAAGGCUCGUGUGUUGAAGAAGAGCGGUGAUAAGCUAGUGCCUAUUCCUGGUUUGUUUGCUGCUGGGGAGAUUACUGGUGGUAUUCAUGGCGAUAAUCGUCUGGGAGGUUCUUCGCUGCUGGAGUGUGUUGUGUAUGGACGAACUGCCGGUGCUGAGAUUGUUGGCUCGGCGUAGGGAGAUGUCAGAUGGUGGCACGUUUAACUCAUAUGAGGUGCGUCUAUCUAGAUACAUUAAUUAAUGAUGCAUAUUUAUUGUGGCUUCACGUUGACGAGGUACAUUUGCAUGCGUUCAUUUACGAAUAGAGCAAUAGCUGGGAUAUCUCAUAGUCCAUGCUAAAUUG